UUCUUAUUCAACUAUUAAUGGUUUUCAAAUCAUUUUUCCAACAAGGAUAAUCAAAGUCCUGAGGAGGACACCCAACCAUAAUUAUCAGCCAUAGAUCCACGGGAUGCUUGCCACCUGUACAACCCAAUCCAAUGGUGGUUGCUUGGAAGGAGAGAGGAGGGGUCUAUUGGAAUUCAAGGACUUCCUCAAAUCCAACGGUGCUGAUGCAGACCGUAUCCUCCCUACCUGGGUUGAGAAACCAGCAGAUCAUCAUCUGAAUGAGUGCUGUGAUUGGGAGAGAGUCACAUGCGAUCCCACCACAGGGCACGUGACUGAGCUCUCUCUGCAUAAUAUAAGAGAUAUAUCAGGCGAUGAAUAUUUUUACAGAUCUAGUGGAUUUUUCGGAUCUGAAGUAGAUUUCAAAGAAUACCACCAAAACAGAAUUUGGUUCAUAAAUGUCUCUGUCUUCCUUCCUUUCGAAGAGCUCCGAAACCUCAACUUGUCUUAUAAUUUAUUUAGUGGUUGGAUUGACAAUCAAGGAUUUGAAGGGUUGUCAAGUUUGAGGAACCUGGAGAAGUUGGAUCUUGGUUCUAAUCUCUUCAAUGACAGUAAUAUAUUUCGAUAUUUGGCUGCUCUCGCUUCAAUUAAGACUUUGAUUGUUAGUUACAAUUCCUUGGGCGGAUACUUCCCUGCACAUGGCACGUUUUCCCUCCAUGCCUUUUCCUAGGGCUCCUACAAUUCUAUUCUGUCUCUAUUUCUAUAUAUAUAUAGAGAUUCUUUAAUUAUACAUAUAGUUUACGGGAAAUUAUUCAAUACUUCGGAACACUACGUGACUAUACUCCAAGCUAAUCACCAAUUACUUAGCCCCAUAUUGUUCCUCUAUCUCCAAUAUA